AUGAAGUGGAUUUUCUUGUUUUAUCAUUUGUCCAGUGCCCUCGCUGGACGGGGGAAACCCCCAGUUUCACCGGAUGACCUCGCUUCCGAAAUUCGGCUGAAAGAUCUGCUGAAAGGCACCCAACGGCUCGAGGACAUUGCUUAUUCGUAUCCCGAGCGGAACCGAGUCUUCGGUAGCAAAGCCCAUAACGAUACCGUUGACUUCCUUUAUCAUGAGUUGAAGAAGACCGGCUACUAUAACGUCUGGAAGCAGCCACAGGUGCAUACAUGGACCAAGGCGGAGUCCUCGCUGAAGUUCAACAGCGACUCCAUCGGCGUGGCGGCGAUGACAUACAGCCCCAGUGUUGAUAUUACUGCGGAGCUAGGAGUGGUCUCCAACCUUGGAUGCAGUGCAGCAGACUAUCCAACCGACUUGAGUGGGAAGAUUGCUCUGAUUAAACGUGGUGAAUGUGCUUUUGCCGAAAAGUCUGUGCUUGCUUCUGCGGCCAAGGCAGCUGCUGUGCUUGUCUACAACAAUGUUCCGGGAUCUCUCAGUGGAACACUGGGUGGAGUUACUCCUGAUCAUGGAUCCUUUGCUGCGAUUGCAGGAAUCUCCGACAAUGAUGGGCAAACCUUGCUUGGCGCCACAACGAACGGCGCGGUGACUGUGUCUCUGAAAAUUGACAGUCAGAUCGAAAACCGGACAACGUUUAAUGUGAUUGCAGAGACCAAAGGUGGUGAUCACAACAAUGUCGUGGCUCUGGGAGGCCACACUGACUCGGUCGAAGCUGGUCCAGGUAUCAACGACGAUGGCUCUGGAAUCAUCGGUAAUCUCGUCGUUGCGCGAGCAUUGACGCGGUAUUCUGUCAAGAAUGCCGUGAGAUUCUGCUUCUGGACCGGUGAGGAGUUUGGCUUAUUGGGCAGCGAGUUCUACACCUCACACCUCGACGCCGCUGAACUCGCCAAAAUAAGAUUGUACCUCAACUUCGAUAUGAUCGCGUCUCCCAACUACGCGCUCAUGAUUUAUGAUGGUGACGGCAAUGCCUUCAACCAGACCGGACCAGCGGGUUCUGCUCAAAUCGAAGCCCUGUUUGAGAAGUAUUUCAAGUCCAAGCAUCUGCCAUACAUCCCCACUGCUUUCGAUGGCCGAUCCGACUACGACGGGUUCAUCUCUCGUGGCAUCCCCGCCGGUGGACUUUUCACCGGCGCCGAAGGCCUCAAGACCGAGGCCGAGGCCAAAUUGUUUGGUGGACAAGCGAAUGUUGCCUACGAUGUCAAUUAUCAUGCCGCGGGGGACAAUGUCACCAAUCUCAAUCACGAGGCUUUCCUGAUCAACUCGAGGGCUACGGCCUUUGCGGUUGCAACCUAUGCCAACAGCCUUGCUUCAAUUCCCCAACACAAUGCGACCGUCACCCGACGACAUGUCUACAAGCGAGCACCUGGGUCGCAUGUUCACACUAAGAAUACUGGGUGCUUCCAUUCUCUUGUGGAAAUCUAA